ACUUUAAAAACAGGUACAAUAGUUCAUGUAAAUUUGUCAGUGAAAAACUUUUAUCAAAUACUGGUGUAUAAAAAUAAGUACCUAUUAAAAAUAAUCAUUUCAGUUGUCGAUCUAAUACCAUGGUUGAUUAUAUUAUUGUUAGCAAUAUUUUUUAUUUAUUUCACUAAUACUCGUUUCUCUUUUUUUAGGAAUUAUAAGAGAAAAACGGAAAGAAAACCACGCACUCCAGAAAUGCUAGAAUCAGCCAAACAAAUGCUCAGGGCUGGACAGUCAAAACGUAGUAUAGCUCGUGAUUUGGGAAUAACAGAAGGAGCAUUGAAAAAAAAACUAAAAAUGGGAGCUGGAGUUACCAAGCUCGGGCGAUUUGUCUCAGUAUUCACAAGUGAAGAAAAAACACAACUGAAAGAACACGUCAUCGAUUUGGACUCCCAUUUUUAUGGUUUGAUAUUCAAGGAUUUUCGAAAAUUAUCUUUUGAAUUUGCAGAAACUAAUCAAGUUAGUAAUCCCUUUGAUAAAGACACUAAAAUGGCUGGAAAAGUGGGCCUUAAGUUAAAAAAAAAAAAAAACAAGUUAUCUCUUCGUGUACCUACAAAAACAAGUCUUGCACGAAUCAUGGGCUUCAACAAACCUCAAGUUGACUUAUUAUUUCAAAAUCUAGAAGAAUUGAUGAUAAAACAUAAGUUCCCCCCUUCAAGAAUGUUCAACAUGGACGAGUCGGGAAUUUCUACUGUGCCAAACAGAGCCCCAAGGGUGGUAUCAGUCAAGGUAAAAAAGCUGUCGGAAAAGUUUCAUCGGCAGAAAGGGGUAAUUUGUUAACAGUAAUUUGUGCAAUGAGUGCGAGUGGUAAUUUCAUUCCACCUGCUAUCAUUUUUGCCAGGAAAAGACUGAAACAAGAAUUGUUAAAUGGUGCUCCUACAGAAGCUGUCAUGUUUUGUUCAGAUUCAGGCUAUAGCAACUCAGAAAUAUUCCUAGAAUGGCUAAAGCACUUUCAAACACACAUUCAUUCUUCUAAGGACAACGCGGUGCUCUUGGUAAUGGAUGACCAUGGAUCUCACAUCAGCAUUAACGCUGUAAACUUUUGCAGGGACCAUGAAAUUUACUUAUUAACAAUUCCCCCACAUAGUAGCCACAAGCUACAACCUCUGGACAAAUGUUUUUUCAAACCUUUAAAGGACUUCUUUGUUGAAAUGUGCGACCAAUGGAUGGUGAACAACCCAGGUCGUGUUAUAACUCAGUGAAGAACCGACUCGUAUUGUUGGUAUUUCUCAAACUUGCAUAGAUCACUGUUUUGUUCGCUUUGACACAACUAUCAAUAUAGGAGUUGUACACGAAGCCCAGGUAAUGCAUUUAGGCAUUGCCGACCAUUCUUUAAUUUCUGUAACUUUGCAGAUAUGUACUAAAGCACCAAAAGUCAAUCACGGAUUAGAGAAAAUAAAUUAUAAAUCAUUAUUUACUGAGCUAGGUGGAAUGGACUGGGAUGAUGUUAUAAGUGAAUUAUCUUUAUCUGGAGCUUUCGAGUUACUCAUUUACAAGAUUAAUACAGCAGUUAAAAAUAACACCCACUCUUACAAAACCACGAAUACAAAUAAAAAACUCACGCCUUGGAUAACUGAAGUCUUGUGUAAACGUAUUAAAAACAGAAGAAAAAUAUAUAACUUAUUGAGAGCGAAUCCUCAUGACGAAAGAAUGAAAUUAUAUUACAGACGGUACAGAAAUAGCUUAAGUGCUGAUUUAAGAACUAGGAAAGAGAAAUAUUACAUGAUUCAGUUUAUAAAUUGUGACGGAAACCCUAAGGCUCAGUGGAAAUUAGUAAAUAACUUAAGUGUGCGCUCUACCACAGGCCAGAAAUCGCAGUACGAUGUUUCAAAAAUCCGCUUGGAGCGCUGGCAAAAUUGGUUGUAGGGAGGGCAAUGAGUAGUUGCUGUGGAAGGGAUCGGAACUUACCGAGCGCCUCCGACAUUUGCUGAGCGGGGGACCCGAGUCAGGUGCUCGACGUCCGACUCACACACGCUUCGUUUUUAACAGGGAUGGGCUAGUAGGCCUUUCAACAUUAGUCUGCCCCUAUAUACUGACCAGUAAAUGGACACAAAGAUACACAUGAAAACUAUCGCCAAACAUAUAUAAAAUAUUGUAGUAUAAUUUAGGCAAAA